UCGAUAUUUUAGUUGUUGAGAAACUUCAACACUAUCAGGAGUCGGCUACAUUGUCAAGGAGCACUGGCAAGUGUAAAGUCACUGAGAUAGAGAUGCAGAGGUAUCUGGUGCUCUGUAUGGCCCUGCUGGCCCAGGUCUCUGCUGAUGACUGCCCAGACGGAGGGGCGUGUGAGGAGGGCAACACCUGCUGCAAGGUCCCCUCCGAUGGCUAUGAAUGCUGCCCAAUGUAUCAGGCUGAGUGCUGUGAGGAUCAUAUCCACUGCUGCCCUGAGGGAACACUCUGUGUUGUGAAUGAGUCCAUGUGUGUGAAUGGAACUGUCUCCCUACCAUGGGUGGAGAAAGUUUCUGCUAAACAGUCCAGAUAUCCUAAAUCUUUCAGAAUGAUCAGUGCAUAUGCUGGGGAUGAGGAUGAUAACAUCUGCCCUGACAACUCCCACUGCCCAGCUGAGUUUUCCUGUCUGAAGGCCACUACGGGCUAUGGUUGCUGUCCCAUUGCUCAUGCUGUGCCUUGCUCGGAUGGGAAACAUUGCUGUCCUGAAGGCCACCAGUGCAGCACAGACAGCAGCUCCUGCAUCAAACAGAAAGAACCUGUUGUUGCAGUGCUGUGCAGUGACAGAGUGUCUGAGUGCCCAGAGGGAACCACAUGCUGUGAGACUCCAGAUGGGAGUUGGGGGUGCUGCCCCAUGCCCAAGGCUGUGUGCUGUGAGGAUAAGAUUCACUGUUGUCCUGAGGGCAGCACCUGUGACAUCAAGCAAUCCAAGUGUAUAUCCACUACCAACAAGGAAAUGCCCAUGUGGGCCAAGUUCCCUGCCCGCAAGAGGGCAGAGUGGGAAAACCAGAAUGAAGUUGCCCAAGUGACAACACCUAUUCCAGACACUACCACCUCAGCCAAUAGGAGUCCUGCUUCUCUUUGGGAAGGGGAGGGUUCUUCUCCACCCUUCAUUAGGACAAGAGACGUUCCCUGUGAUGAGUCAGUGGCCUGUCAGGAUGGAACCACAUGUUGUAAAACACAAGAAGGGGGAUGGGCAUGCUGUCCUCUGCCACAGGCAGUUUGCUGCAGUGACUUCAUCCACUGCUGCCCUCAUGGUAAGAAGUGCAACCUGGCUGCCCAGACGUGUGACGACACCUCAGGCUCCCCGUCUGAGCCCUGGCUGAAGAAGGUUCCUGCCGUGCCUCGGGAGGGUAACUUGCCAGGGAAUGUGACCUGUGACCCCACCCACAUGUGUCCCGACAACACCACCUGCUGCAAGACAGCGUCAGGAGACUGGGCCUGCUGCCCCAUGCCUGAGGCUGUAUGCUGUGAGGACCACGAGCACUGCUGCCCCCAUGGCACCACCUGUGACCUGGCUUCCCUCGCCUGUGAUGGCCCCUCAGGGCCGGAGCCCAUGGUGGGGAAGGUGCCCGCCCUUACAACCCUGGCACCUGAUCAUGAGGAGGCAGCCACAGACCACCAGGGGGUGCAGAUGGAUAACAUGGAGCCGCCUACAGACAAUGAUGAAGACGUUCCCUGUGAUGAGUCAGUGGCCUGUCAGGAUGGAACCACAUGUUGUAAAACACAAGAAGGGGGAUGGGCAUGCUGUCCUCUGCCACAGGCAGUUUGCUGCAGUGACUUCAUCCACUGCUGCCCUCAUGGUAAGAAGUGCAACCUGGCUGCCCAGACGUGUGACAACACCUCAGGCUCCCCGUCUGAGCCCUGGCUGAAGAAGGUUCCUGCCGUGCCUCGGGAGGGUAACUUGCCAGGGAAUGUGACCUGUGACCCCACCCACAUGUGUCCCGACAACACCACCUGCUGCAAGACAGCGUCAGGAGACUGGGCCUGCUGCCCCAUGCCUGAGGCUGUAUGCUGUGAGGACCACGAGCACUGCUGCCCCCAUGGCACCACCUGUGACCUGGCUUCCCUCGCCUGUGAUGGCCCCUCAGGGCCGGAGCCCAUGGUGGGGAAGGUGCCCGCCCUUACAACCCUGGCACCUGAUCAUGAGGAGGCAGCCACAGACCACCAGAGGGUGCAGAUGGAUGACACGGAGCCGCCUACAGACAAUGAUGAAGACGUUCCCUGUGAUGAGUCAGUGGCCUGUCAGGAUGGAACCACAUGUUGUAAAACACAAGAAGGGGGAUGGGCAUGCUGUCCUCUGCCACAGGCAGUUUGCUGCAGUGACUUCAUCCACUGCUGCCCUCAUGGUAAGAAGUGCAACCUGGCUGCCCAGACGUGUGACGACACCUCAGGCUCCCCGUCUGAGCCCUGGCUGAAGAAGGUUCCUGCCGUGCCUCGGGAGGGUAACUUGCCAGGGAAUGUGACCUGUGACCCCACCCACAUGUGUCCCGACAACACCACCUGCUGCAAGACAGCGUCAGGAGACUGGGCCUGCUGCCCCAUGCCUGAGGCUGUAUGCUGUGAGGACCACGAGCACUGCUGCCCCCAUGGCACCACCUGUGACCUGGCUUCCCUCGCCUGUGAUGGCCCCUCAGGGCCGGAGCCCAUGGUGGGGAAGGUGCCCGCCCUUACAAACCAGGCACCUGAUCAUGAGGAGGCACCCGCAGACCACCAGGGGGUGCAGAUGGACGAGGAGUUGCCCAGGACACAGUGUGACACCCACACCAGCUGCCCAAAGGACGCCACCUGCUGCUUUAUGAAAUCCACCCAGAAGUGGGGCUGCUGCCCACUGCCACAGGCAGUGUGCUGUGCUGAUGGAGAGCACUGCUGUCCCAAAGACUACAUAUGUGAUAUGAGCAAGACUUCCUGCUCUAAGGGUGUGGUGGUGAUCCCAUGGUACAACAAGCUGGCAGCUGAGCCAGAUGACAGUGCCCUCGCUGCCCCCCCCUCUGUGAAGUGUGACGCCCAGAACAGCUGCCCUGAAGGCUCCAGCUGCUGCCAACUUUCCACUGGACAGUGGGGCUGCUGCCCCCUGUGCAAGGCUGUGUGCUGUGCAGAUGAGGAGCACUGCUGUCCACAGGGCUACAGCUGUAACAUGGGCUCAGGGACUUGCCAGAAGCUAAUGUUUCUUCAGUUCCAGACGAUACCCCUAACCCGGGUGUCUGCGCCUGAGCCCCCGACCCCACAGGAGAAGGAAAUCCACUGUGGGGGGCCGUUUGUCUGCAAUAAUGAGGAGACAUGCUGCAAGGUCUCCACCACUACAUGGGGCUGCUGUCCCUCUCCAAAUGCGGUGUGCUGCAGUGACAUGAAGCACUGCUGUACUACAGGCUACACCUGUGGUGAGGGAGGGACCUGCACCCAGUCCACUGGCUUCAACUGGGACCACUGGCAGGUGUUCUUCUCCAACAAGAAGAGAGCCCUGCGUGUGUGACAACCAUUGGAGUGAUAGGCCCACACUCCACCGCCACAUGCAUUGCACUAUUGAAGGGACGCAGGGACUUACUACCACUGUUAUAGUAUGUCAAAUUGUAUUUUUCUCAGGGGAUAAAUAGUAUAUAUCGGACAGGGAACUGAAAAUAAGGCACAUUUUGCACCAUUGAUUGGUGGAAGUUGCUUGGUAUGUUACUACAUUUGCUUCAAGAGAUACCCAUGCUUGCUCAUGCACAGAAACUAUCAAGGAUUUGAAAUCACCAAAAAUGCGAUACCAAUGUUCAACAAUAUUUUAGUAUGCUUUUAGGGUUGUGGCUCAGGGAAAGAUUGGAAUGUGAUAUAAAACUAGUUGUAAGCCACUAUCAAGAUUGACACAGAGGAGCAUAGAAAUUACAAGAACUUAGUACUGGUUACAAUGUUUGAUGUUACCUUCUAACAGGAAGAGUGUUGUUGUGUUUUUUUUUAGUUGAUCAUGUGAAGUGCAUUGUGCCUCAUCAAAUAGUUUCAGGUAUGCCUUUGAAAUAAAUGCCUUUUACGUGAAA